CGUGUGUGGAAUUAGYGAAAUUUUGUCGAUAGAAUUUUCAGAGAAUUUGACGUUCCUAAAUCUAAAUUACUGAAAUUAAAACACAACAAACAUACUCGGCGAAUCCGACUAUAAUGAAUCAUUUGAAAUGGAUGGGCCAUUCGGCAACAAUAUUUGAUAUACAAAGAAAUCUUCGCAAUGAUCCUCAAAGCUGUGAAGUGACACUGGUAGCCAAAGGUCAUUCAGUGCGGGCCCAUCGGUUUGUCCUAUCAUCAUGUUCGGACUUGCUGCGCAAUCUAUUGGUGGAUGUACCAAUGGGUCAGGAAGCAACAAUUGUAGUGCCAGAUAUAAAAGGAUCUCUGCUCGACAGUGUAUUAGCUUUUAUAUAUAUAGGCGAAACAAGCCUCACAUCGACCAAUUUGUCUGAGUUCUUGGAAGCUAUAAAUACCUUGGGUAUUAAGUCAGCAAUAAGUUUUGAGUGCAACAAUGCSACAUUAUCCGGUGGUGUCCAGACAACAGAGGCAGUAAAGACUCUAAGCAAUAUACAAAUUGCACAAGAAGAGCUUAUUGAACAACAAGAAAAUAUUGCUGUCGAGAAAAUCGAAACACAAAAUGUAAUACAACAUGAAAGAGAACUGGAAUUUUUGGAUGUCUAUAACGAAGCUCAACAUAGCAAAAUUACUUACUCCAUCGAACACAUGCCUGUUGCCAGUGCAGCAAAUGAAUAUAUAUUAACUGAAAAUUCGGGAACUUUUACCUUAACACAAAAUAAUAAACUAGAAAAUGGCUCCAAUUCUGAUGCGGAAAAACUUGUUGAAAUGGAUGAUACAGCAGAAGAGGCUCACAUCAUAGAGGAAUACAGCAGUAAUAGUACAGAUCCUAUAAUUGAAAUUACUACAAAUACUGCAACAACAAGCACUCCAAAAGUGACUGCCACAACAACAACUACUACGCAAGUGCCACAACCACUAAUUCAAAUAAAACCAACGCCAAAAAUGAAAACUAUCAAAAUUAAAUCGCAAUCCACUUCAGAUACCGAUCAAAUACACCAAUCAAUGUUUACCACACUUGACCCCACCGCAGAUCCCAUUUCAGUAUUAAAGACUGAUGAUAAUUUUACCACAUUAAACGCCGCACCCGGUACUCAAGAAGAUGCUCUUUUUUAUGCUGUUCAGGCAGUAAUAAAUGAAGGUAUGAGCUUACAGAAGGCUGCACUGAAAUAUGAUUUAUCGAAAACGGUUCUUUGGCGGAGAGUGCGCAAACACCCCAAUUAUAUGAAAACAACCCGUGAAAACCCUGUUCUGACCAUGGCCUACGAACGAUUAAAAGGUGGCGACUCUUUGAAAAAUAUCAGUCGGGAGUUAGACAUACCCAUGUCUACACUACAUAGACAUAAAGUACGUUUGGCACAGCAAGGACGUUUGCCAGAUUAUGUUUCUUUUAAGAAACGUGAUGUUAACUCGAAAAUUGAACUAAAAGACAAAUUAACUAAAGCAUUGCACGCUUGUGUACAUGAAGGAAUGUCACAAAAUCAUGCRGCAAAUUUAUUUGACAUACCGAAAAGCACUCUAUGGCGUCAUCUUCAAAAGCGUGUAGCAGAAGCAGAACUUUCACAGAAACUUGAACUAGGCCACAUAAAAGAGGAAGUAAUAUUAUCUUAAAACCAGUAUUUAUAAUUAGUUUGAUACAAAUAUGUAGAUUUAUAUCUAAUAUACACACUGACAGUGUUAAUCUAUAAGUUUCAUUAUUAUUUAUAAUGCCUUUAUAACGGCAUGAUUACCUGAAAUUUUCAUUUUAUUGUGAAUUACGUAUUGUUUAAGUACUUUCUUUAAAAUUGUAGUAAAAACUAUAACGCCCAAAACAAUUCAUUAUUAAAUCCUUUCUUCGAAUAAGUGAAUGAUUUUUUUAAGAAUUUAAAAAUUUAUCAAAUCCCCUUGAUAAUUUGAGCAAAAAAGCUUGAAAUUUAUUAUAAWACGCUGAAUACGUUAAUAUUUCAAAUAAAUUGCAAUACAAUAAUGUGAUCCAAAGUCUGUCCCAAAAUAACCUAUAAAUGUUUAUAUGAUGGUACAUACAAUGCCGCUAUCGCUGAUGUAACAUAAAGUCCUCCUGAGCUACUUUUGAAAAUAGUACUAUAAGAGGGCGUCUAAUUUCUACAAAAGAUCCAUAUUUAAAAAUUUCGGUCAUAAGGACAUUUAUAUAAAUAUA